AUGGACGAAGCUGCCCCACCGUCGCCCACUCCGGCGUCCGGAAGCUUGCCGGAGCUAACACGAAGGCUGCAAGGCGAGCGGGAUGCUCUACGUAUAGAGGUGGAAGAGCUGACGCGUCGACUAGCGCAGGAACGCACUGCUCGAUCCACACUAGAAAACGAGGCGCAACUGCGCGAACUGGAGUUGCGUCACGUGCAGCAACGCUGCACCCAAGCAGCGCAGCAGGCUCGUGACAAGCAGAUGGCGCUGGAAAAGGAGCUGGAGGACGAGGUGGCCAUGCACAAGAUGGCAGUACUGGGCAGGAACGCCGCUACACAGAAGAACACGACGCUGGCCGCAGAGCUUAAAACCAUGGAGACCAAGUGGAAGAAGGAGCUAGAGAAGAAGGAAAUUGCCAUGGCAGAAGCUGAAUUAGCUGCGGAUGAGAUCCAAAAGCUUAAAGCAGAUCGAGAUCAGCUCGUACAACGCACAGAGAGCGACGCUAAACGUGUACGAGAACUGUGGCAGCAGAUCGCACGAGAACAUGAAGUAAAAGUGGGAGCUCUCAAACAGGAACUAGACAAUGCUCGACAAAUGGAAGAAAAGACGGCGCUACAGGAACAGCUCGCUGCGGCUACGAGUAAAACAUCACGUUCGCUAGAGCAGCAGGAGCUGGAUCGCCUAAAGGAAAAAAGCUGGGGGAACAAACAGCACCGCACAGCGUUAAAAUUGCAACAAGCUACUAGUGAUUGCAAAUUACACGCACAACGAGAAGAGGCGGCUGUCAAAGAACGGGACGCGGCGGUGCUGGCAGCACGCAAAGCCAAGGAAGUUAUGGAGGAACGUACCGAGGAGUUAUUAGCUCUCAAAACCGAGUUCGCAGACCUUUUAGAUAAAAAUGAGCUGCUGGCCACGCAAUUCAAGCAAUCAGCUCGUGAACGGGAGGCAAAACUCAUACGUCGCACCCAGCAGCUUCGUGACGGUAAGCGCUGUGCCGAGGAACUGGCACAGCUACGACGAAAAGAGGUAUCUGGGUACUUGCAAGUAAUUUAUGCAGUGAACGCUAGGCUCACCGAAGUCCAAGAGCUCAACGGAGCUACUCAAAGCAACGCCUGGUCAUUGCCUCAGGAUGCUAGCAAGUCGAAAACUUCAUUAUGUAUCUAUCGCCAUUAA